AUGGAGCCAGAGAAAUAUGUAGGCAGCCUGGGUUGUUUGCCAAUAUACAAAAAGAAGGCCAUUUGUUUCGUCUCCCGCGAUCCGCUCCCUUCCUCCACCAUGGCCACCCCCGCACCGACACUCCCCAAUGUUCAGCUACUCUUUGGGCCGAUGCUGAUUGGGGUUUUCGUUAACAUGAUUCUUUAUGGGGUCCUCAUUAGCCAGGUGUUGACUUAUUUCCAAGUUUAUUCUAAGGAUGCGAUAUGGAUGAAGACCUUUGUCUCCUUCCUUUUCAUCCUUGAGACCGCGAAUACCGCGUUUGAUAUGGCGUUCAUGUACCAACCACUCAUUCUCGAAUACGGGCAAAGGCCGAUUUUCUUCCCAACAUUCUUUGUCACUGAACCCCUCCUCAUUGUUGCAAUCUCGACGCCAAUUCAACUCUUCUUCGCGUGGCGCAUCCGGUCGCUCACAAAGUCCUGGUGGAUUCCUGGCGUCAUUACCAUCCUGGCCAUUGGCUCCUGCGCGGGUGGCAUUUGGACUGCAGUCGGUAUCCAGACAUUGAAGACAUUUGCCAACAAGCCCAAGUUGCAUAACUCGGCGUUGCUCUGGUUCCUUGGAUCCUGUGUUGCCGAUGUUUUGAUUACAGUUUCUCUGGUCUUCAGCUUGUCGAAGCGGAAAACUGGAUUCUCGGGGACUGACUCGGUCAUCGAUAAGAUCAUUCGCUUGACAAUCCAAACCGGCGCCAUAACUGCCGUAUUCAGUAUCUUGGACGUCAUUUGCUUCAUGAUCCUCCCUCAUGCCGCCGUCAAUUUUGUCUGGGACCUGGCACUCUCUAAGCUUUACACCAACUGCUUGAUGUCUACACUCAACUCCAGACAAUCAUUAAACAGUGGCGUUUCGGGCAGUGGUGUCGCCUCAGAGAAUCGCCGAGUCAAUAACAACACUCAUGGCUUCAUCGGGGGCCAACAAGCGACAUCACCCACGAGUCGGAUCAGAAAUCCGGACACCUUUGUCGAUGCUUCGCGCCACACUUAUGAGCUCGAGACGCAGAAGAGUGGCUACGACUCAUAUGAUGUCGAGAGCGGCUUUGCGCGACCGCACCAUGAAGAGUUUGGCAUUCAGGUGACAAAGGUCAUCGAGCAUGUCAAGGAUCCGAUACCACAUCCUUACACACAGUAG